UCCCGGGUCUCCGAGGAGGGGACUGCCACUGGGUCCCGGCGCGGUGACUGCAUCAUCUGCUACUCAGCCUACGACCUGGCCGGGCACCUGCCGCGCCGCCUCUACUGCGGCCACACCUUCUGCCAGGCGUGCGUGCGGCGGCUGGACACGGUGGCCCACGAGCAGCGCUGGGUCCCCUGCCCGCAGUGCCGCCAGAGCACACCCACGCCCCGUGGAGGGGUGGCCAUGCUGGACCUCGACCUGGCCGCCUUCCUGGCUGUCAGGGCUGAGCGGGAGCCGCCUCGCAUGGAGCCCCAGCGUCCCGCGCCCCCCAAAGGCAGCACCGCUGUCACUCAGCAGCCAGCCAGGCUCCGCCCCACCUUGGGCACCCAGCCCCACUUCCCCCAGCCCAGACGCUGCUGCAGCUGCGGCCUCUGCUGGGACACCCUGGACAGUCCCCAGGUCUGA